AUGGCGCGGCGAAGAAAGGUGGUGCAGAAGCUAGUCCAGGCGGUCCCGUGUCAAGAGCUCCCUUCAUCCACAGAGAUCCAAUCAGAGGCUCCAUCGUUUGAGCCUGUGUGUGAAAUACGAGCAGAUGAGGAAAUUCCCUCAGAUUUCCCUGAGUGCCCUGAAAAGGCGAAGGAAGUUGUUUCUCCUGAAGCUCCGAAAGAAGGUCAAAAGAUAGCUCAGGUGGAUAUUGAGGAGAUAGAGGUUGAAGCAUCAUUCUGGAAUUCGGCUCUGAUCUGUGUUGUCAUUGGGGCUAAUCCACCAUUGUCAGUUUUUGAAGGUUUCAUCAACAGGAUGUGGGGAAAAUUUGGGAUCGAUCGAAUAGCACGGAUGAACUCUGGGUAUACAAUGGUCAAGUUCAGAGAUGAAGCUACACGCGAUAUGAUUUUAGAAGCAGGGGUUAUCCAUUUUGAUAGGAAGCCUGUAAUCUUGAGACCAUGGACGACAGACAUUGAAAAUCUGAAAUCGAUCAAAUCGGUACCUGUUUGGAUUCGCCUGCCUGAUCUGGGUCUUCAGUAUUGGGGUACCAAAUGUUUAAGUGCAUUGGUUAGUACCAUUGGUAAACCAAUUAUGAUUGAUAAAGUCACUAAGGAUUGGUCGAUGAUUAAGUUUGCUCGAAUCUUGGUAGAUAAGGAAAUUUCUGAAACUCUUCCAAAGUUCAUCAACUACAUUAAUGAGAGAGGCCAAGUUAUGGAUCAACUGAUAGAUUACGAGUGGCUGCCUACAAAGUGUUCAAACUGUAAAAAGUUAGGACAUACAGCAUCCUCUUGCAAGCAAUUGGAAGGUCUGAUUUGGAGGAGAAAGGAGGUCCCAGUUGCUGCUGCUGAAAACAACUCUAAGACUGCUGAUUCAGAAAGAAAGGACAACAACAAGAUACCUGUUACAGAUCAGGUGGUUUCAGUAGAGGAACUGCAGUCCCAGAGGGGGGAUUUUCAGAAGGAGAAAGGUUGGACUACACCGAAAAAAUUAGGAACCAUGAAGAUAAAAUCCCUUGAUGUUGGUCAGAUUUCAAAAAAUGCUUUUAGUGUUCUCCAAGAACAGCAACAGGUUCUUCAUGAUCCCUCUCCACUUUUGAAUUUGAAUGGACAAUUUCAACUUAAUGAGCUGGAACGUUAG